AUGAUGCCUUCCGGCUAUUCCACAACAGAGAAUCAGGUCAGUCGACUCAAGGCGAUUGAAGAAUUCGGUCUCCGGUCUCCAGUCUCCGGUGUCCGUUGUCCGGUGUCCGGUGUCCGAUCAGGCCGAGUCACGAAAACCUCGCGGCCAAUUCGUAUCAGUGCGCAAAGGAGUAGCGCAGCGUCCUCCAAUUUUGUCGCGCCUCGUCCGCCCCAACCAGCUCGACCCGCCGCCGGUCUUUUCGCGUCGUCCAACUUGGCAGCCUCAGCCUCAUCACCCUUCGUCAGGCGCUUCGCCGACGUUACUGGCGUCGUUUCGCCCGCCCUCGGCCGCCCCUUGGACCCCGUCGACUCGGCCCUCGUCGGCAAACAAUCGGUCACGGCGCAUGGAACGACGUCGUCCGACGCGGCCAAAGGCAGCGCGGACCUCGCCAAUGGCACCGGAUGGACCCUCGCGGAGCACCUCAAAGCACAAGCAAGCAUUGCGACAGGUCAGUCUACAACAAGCCACUUCUUCUUCAUCCUCAUCCUCAUCCUCAUCCUCAUCCUCAUCCUCAUCCUCAUCCUCAUCCUCAUCCUCAUCCUC